AUUUAAUUCUCAUAAAUAUGUCGAUUGCAUAUAGACAUAUAUAAAAAUUAAUAAUUCAAGGUUAUGCAUUUUCCGCCCUCCAUGUUUGGUAUUUGAGUCUCCAGUUUUGACAGUGACUUUGUGGCUGAAACAAGUGUGGUCAUGAUGUGAUGUCCUGACAAUUAUUUUUUUUUCUCGAACUUCCUGUCGUCAAGUCAUCUGUUGCAAUCUGUUUGCAAUUUCCUCUUUUUUUCGGAUAUGACCGUGGCCUCGUGCAGCACAAAUUCACCACCCCGCGCUUUUGAAUUCACAUUUGAGAGAUCAAUAAACGUCUGUUACAGACAGAAAAGCACCCAUUGCAUUUGUUUCCACUAGACAUGUGUUUGGCGGUUGAGCGUUUCCAAAAACAAACACGUGCAAAGGUUGAAAUUUGCCUAUCGCAGCACAAUGCUACUGUCAUUUGCAUCUGUUCUGCCGGACUAAAAAUAAUGUGAACACAGUCACACUCUGGUUCGUUUAGUCAGGAGGAUCCACAGCAAAAAGAAGCAGAGAGACAUAACAGGCAGCAAGACUAGAGAGAGGGGGGGAGGCAAAUAUGCAGUGCAGUGUAAGUAUGAGCGGUUUCUAAAAGUAAGGUAGCAGGAGAGGAGGAACGGGAGGGGGGAGGAGGAAAAAGUCUUUCUUCCUCUUCAGCCUGGGCUGAGCUGUUGCUGUAUCCUAGAAGCCCCGGUCCGUAGCAACAGGAAACCUUGGUAUAAAAAGCCGAGUCGCAGGGGGGAACCCUCCUAAAGCGCCUCUCGUCUGCAGCAUGACCAGGACCGAGAGCCUGGGAGGGUGGACUUAACAAGACAAUGCCCAGCCUAAUCGUCGAACCACCCAACACACAGCACUUCAUCAUGGACAGAGAUGACAGGAACAGAAACAAGAACAUCGGAAAGAACUUUAUGUGCCGACUCCAGUGCAUGUUCUCCAACUCAUCAGGCUCCGAGAGGCUAAGUUUAGAAGAUACCCAACAAUGGUCACAGUCACUGGAAAGGCUUCUCGAGUCUAAAUAUGGGUUGGCCACUUUUCGCAACUUUCUGAAAUCUGAAUACAGCGAUGAGAACAUUGAGUUCUGGCUCACCUGCGAGGACUACAAGAAGAUUAAGUCUUCAUUCAGAAUGUCUUCAAGAGCCAAGAAGAUUUAUGAGCAGUUCAUCAAAGCAGAAUCUCCUAAAGAGAUCAACAUUGACUAUCAAACCCGGGAGCAGAUCAAAAGAAACGUAAAGACUCCCACCAUGCACAGCUUCGAUGACGCUCAGAAGAUAGUUUAUGGGCUGAUGGAAAGAGACUCGUACCCGCGGUUCCUCCGCUCGGACAUUUAUAGAACUCUACUGGAAAACCUCGCGGCGGACGCCACAAAGGGAUGAAAGCGCCACCGGGGGAAGGAAGAUAGAGAGAGGGAGAGAGAGCCAGAGAGAGAGAGAGAGAGAGACAUAAAACCCAUAACUGGAAUGUUUGAGCUCCUUCGGGAGGAAGGCCCAACAACAAAGGAGGAAGGAGGGGCCGCUGCGCUGACACCGACGGAGGCCUCGCGCCUCGGCGGCGUCACCGGGCCCAGCAGCGGGCCGCGCCUCGGGCCCCCCCCCCACGUCCCGACGGACUGAGCGCGUCACACAACCCCGAGGAGCAGAAUAAACACGACCAGACCUGAUGACGGUUAACCCCGCGCCGUGCGCUCGCAGUGGAUGAUCAGCCUUGUUGACAAAUUGAUCACUUCUGACGAUGAGUGACUCGUUGAGGGGACCGACAAAGCAUCUGGCCUCCUUUUUUUUUGCAGACGUGCUUCCUGUACAGAGUCUUGAGAGGAUGUAAAAUGCAACAGUCAUAUUCGAUUAGUUGUGUGUGUGUGUGUGUGUGUCAGAUAGGGUGAAGGUGAGUGUUUAGUUAUAGCUUUUAACUGCCACGUAGAAUAAAAAAGAACAAGAUGUUGCAACAAAACUUGGCCAACCAUCUAACAAUAGCACUCGGGAAAGAUGAGGAGCAUUAGGAGUCCAUAGUGAUGUUUUAGAAGGCCACUUAAUUGUGCAAGAGGCAUUGUGGAACACUUCAAUGGAGAUUCUUCCUCUUAGCUACUGACCCCAUAUCUUCUUCCAAACAAACUUCUUUCAUUACUGCAAGUUUCAAGAGUUGGGAUUUUAUUUAAUAAACUAUUUUAGUGGAAUUAUUACAGUUUCACCUUGCAUGAUGGGAUGUUAAAUAUCUGAGAAAAUGCCUUACUAUUGCUUUCCAAAGGGUGAAUUGUUUAGUUACUUGAAAGGUUAUGUAGUGAAUUAUUUAUUAUUAGUUAUCACCAUUCGAGUACAAGUGGUUUGCUGUGUUGAAGUGAUUGUUAAAAUAUUAUUCAUUUGAACGACAUUAAAUUAUUUAAAUUGCCCACUUGGAAUAAAUUGACUUUUUUAGUCACACACACACACUCUCAUUUGUCACAUCAUAGCUUUUAGCGAAUUUACUCAAAUGAAAACUGCAACCCGCUUCUAGUGAAAUAGAUUUUUUAAACAUUAUAUCACAAAGUAUCUGGCAUGUUUACAUAGUGAUUGUCUGCUGUAUGUUUGAAGCAGUACUCCACCACAUACACAUGGAAGCCUAAAGUUGUGCUGUGGUAUUUU